CCUCCCCUCGCCGUGCUUAUGGGGCCUUUGCCUUUCACAAUUCACACUCUUCUUUAAAUUAGGCUGGUUGAGCCAGUUAAGCCACCACCUAAACCCUAUAUAAUCCCUGACUUCUUGGCACCUUACUCUCUGUCUAUUUCUCUCUUCUCUAUCUCCCAUGGAGAGACAGAAACUGAUCAUCUUCUCUUUCUCUUUCUUCCUCCUUUCUCUUCUCGCAGGAAACCAGAACGUAGAAGCUGCUGCUGCUUCUUCUCGGCACCAAGGUUUAUACGGAUUUCACCCAACGAAGCUCUUCGUGUUCGGGGACUCCUAUGCCGACACAGGCAACAACAGGAAGACCGUAGCCAACUCCUGGAAGGUUCCCUACGGCAUCACCUUUCCCGGCAAGCCCGCCGGCCGGUUCUCCGACGGCCGCGUGCUCACCGAUUACCUUGCGAAGUUUUUGGGACUGAAGUCGCCGGUGCCUUACAGAUGGAGAAAAUUUGCGGCGAGCCGACUGCGAUAUGGGAUAAAUUUUGCGUACGGAGGAACUGGAGUGUUCGAUACGCUGGUUUUGGACCCGAACAUGACGACCCAGAUCGAUUUUUUCCGGCAACUUGUCGAUGAUUCUGUCUACAUGAAACGGGACCUGCAAUCGUCGCUGGCGCUGGUUACUCUCGCCGGCAACGACUACGGCGCUUACCUCGCCAGAGGUGGCUCCAUCCAGGAUAUAACAUCCUUCAUGUCCCGUGUGAUCGAUCAACUGAGCUCGAACCUGAGACGAAUUCAUGGGUUGGGAGUGAGAAAAGUAGCCGUGACGUCGCUGCAGCCGCUAGGGUGUCUGCCUCGGAGCACAGUGAUGAAUUCGUUCCAGCAGUGCAACGAGACGGAGAACACAGCCGCGGACUAUCACAACCUCUUGCUGCGGGAAGCGGUGGCAAAGCUGAACAACGAGAGCAAGGACUCGGCGUUCAUCAUCCUUGAUCUUUAUGGUUCUUUCACUAGAGCCCUCAAGAACAGAGGAGACAUUCUAGGAAGUGUGAAGCUAGAGACUCCAUUGAAGCCAUGCUGCAUUGGGGUGAGCCAUGAGUAUUCAUGCGGCAGUGUGAAUGGCAAAGGAGAGAAGAUGUACACGGUAUGCGCGAAGCCUGAAUCUGCCUUCUUCUGGGACAUGGUGCAUCCAACACAAGCUGGGUGGCGAGCUGUUUACUUGGCUCUUAAAUCCACUCUUCAACAACUUCGUUAGCUGAACCUUAAUUACUCUGCGUUGCUAAUUGAAUUGUCUUCCUUUUUCUUUUUUUUCUGUUUAAUUUGUUGCGAAUAUUUGUAAGAGUAAGUUUGUGCCUUAAAAUUUGUUCUUCUGCAACUUCCAUUCUGGUCAGUAGAUAGAGACAGGGCCCUUAAUUAGCUUUGUGGUUAAUUGUGCUUGUAUUGUUGUAUUAAUUAAUUGUGAACUAUAUAUGUAGCACCCAAAAAUGAAGAGAAUAUUUGGUAGCUACAGCUAGGAGUUUUCCUCCAAAAAUACGACCGUAAUGAUGUGUUCUAGAGUCUGAUGGGUCGUGCAGAGAACAAUCAAAACAUGUUCUUUCAAUAAAAGUGUUUCUCCUUUCAGUAAAUGCCUUUUGUUUUAA